AUGUCCGCGCACAACGUCCCCGACUCGACAGACUGGCUCGCGACGCCUCUUAGUGCCCUUGCCGCUGUCGAGGGCGCAUUGCGAUGCCAAGUAUGUAAGGACUUCUAUAAGACGCCCAUGAUCACCAGCUGUUCUCAUACAUUCUGUUCCCUCUGCAUCCGAAGGGCACUGUUGAACGACGGCAAAUGUCCGCUCUGUCGUGCAACAGAUCAAGAGAACAAAUUACGAAGCAACUGGUCCUUAGAAGAGGCUGUACAAGCCUUUGUUAGCGCUAGAUCGGAUACUUUAGAGUUGGCGCGCAAAGGCAAUUCCCAAAGCACGACAUCAAAACGAAAAGCCACGUGUGAUAAUCACGACUCUACUAAUUCGCCAGAUGGCAAGCGGCUAAGGUCGUCGUCGCGAUUACAAAGCACUCGUUCUUCAACCCGUCAGACGCAACAAAUCAAAUACGACGAAACUAUCGAGGUGGCAGAUAGCGAUAGCGAAGACGACGAUGAAUACCAACCACAGCCAGACGAUGGUCUGGUUGCAUGUCCAGUCUGUCAAGAUCGAAUGAAGGACUGGCAGGUCUUUACGCAUUUAGAAAGAUGUACUGGGCCGAAGCCAAAAUCACAACGGACUGUGUCUGGUGUUUCGAGCUCAAUAUAUAGCCAGCAACGACAACCUACAAAAGCGCCCGACCGGCUUCCCACGAUCAACUACACUAUGUUCAGAGACCAGGCAUUGCGAAAGAAGAUGGCCGAUCUUGGCAUUCCGAACCAGGGCCCCCGCAAUCUACUUGAGCGACGACACAAAGAAUGGAUGACAAUAUGGAAUUCAAACUGCGACGCUGCACGACCUAGGACGCGCCAGGAAUUACUCCGUGAUCUGGAUGUUUGGGAAAGGACACUUGGAGGACGGGCCCCGACUACAGGGCAGUCUAUCCAAAACGCGGCCAUGAUCAAAGACAAAGACUUUGAUGGCGCAGCAUGGGCCGCCAAGCAUGACGAAUCCUUCCAAGACUUGAUCGCAAGCGCACAAAAAACGAGGCUUGAGGCAAAACAGAAGGCCGAGAAAGCGGCCAGAGAAACGGAGAUGGAAAAGACUGCCAACGCACAUUCCCAAGCGCAGGAGACAGAAGUUCUCCCUCGACGGCUGACUGGGCGAGUAGUCUCCCGUACAAGGGAACCAUCAGAAGAAAUUUAUCAAAUGCAGGAGCCACAGGCUUUGAGUCGACUGCAUAUUGAGCGAGAAUUCCCUAAUGAUAUAGGGGGGCCACUAGGAGAAGAUUACCAAUGA